AUGUAGUGCCUUGUUUAAGAAAAUGAUUCUCUAGCUGACGUCUUUUAUUAAGUUAAAGAUAUAGAUGAACAAAUAUUUGGCGUCAUAUUAGAAAUAUUUAUAAAGGAGAAAGUUUAAGGUUGCAUAGGGUAUCUUUCAGAUAAUGGAAAUCAAAAAAUUUAGGAACAAUACAUCUUAGAACAAGGAGAGAAUUUAAUAGAAGAUGAUAAUAAAUAGCAAUUUUAUGAUUUUUAAAAUAACAUCAAACUAAUUACUAAUGUCUUAAAAAAAAUAAAAGAUCAUGGCUUCAAUACAUUAGACUAUUCAAAUGAAGAAUAUGAAGAAUCUAUAAAGAAUUUAAUUAAAAGAAUAAAAUAAGAUAGAAAAAUCAUAGAAUUUUUGAAAUUUUUAGUUCACCUUACAUCUAUAGAUAAAACUUUCCUCUAAUGUGGGUCUAAUUCAUUACAUAUAUUAGUUUAGAUGAAGGUGGACCUUAGAAACAAUAAUUUUGAAAAUAUUCAAAUCUAAAAUACUUCUUUAGUAGAAGCUAAUUUUGUUAGGUGUAAUUUAAGUGGAUCCUAGUUUAAUAAUGUCAACAUAAGUGGAAUAAAUCUGAAUGGAGCCAUAUUAAUAAAUUGUAAAUGGAAAAAUUUAAAAAUCCAUGAAUUAAAUAAAGUAAAUGGUCAUACUAAUUAUGUCUACUCAGUCUGUUUCUCUCCUAAUGGAAAUAUAUUAGCAUCUAGUAGUAGAGAUAACUCUAUCCGUCUAUGGGAUGUCAAAACAGGAUAAUCAAAAGCCAAACUAGACUGUCAUAGUAAUGGUGUUAACUCAGUAUGUUUCUCUUCGGAUGGUAAUACAUUAGCUUGUGGGAGUGGUGAUAAGUUUAUCCAUCUAUGGAAUGUGAAGACAAAGAAAAAAAUAGUCAAAUUCGUUGGUCAUUUGGACACUGUCAAUUCUGUCUGUUUCUCUCCUAAUGGAAAAAGAUUAGCAUCUGGUAGUAGUGAUAACUCCAUCCGUCUAUGGGAUGUGAAAACAAGAUAAUAAAAAGCCAUAUUGGAUGGUCAUACUAGUUAUGUCUUGUCGGUCUGUUUUUCACCUGAUGGAACUACAUUAGCAUCAGGUAGUAGUGAUAACUCUAUCCGUCUAUGGGAUGUCUAAACAGGAUAAUAAAAAGCCACAUUCGGUAGUCAUAAGAAUUGGGUAAUGUCAGUCUGCUACUCUCCUGAUGGAAAUACGUUAGCCUCUGGUAGUUAUGACAAAUCUAUCCUUCUAUGGGAUGUCAAAACAGGAUAAUAAAAGGCCAAAUUAGAUGGCCAUAGUAAUGGUGUUAAUUCAGUCUGUUUCUCUCCUCAUGGAAAUUCAUUAGCAUCUGGUAGUAAGGAUACGUCUAUCCGUCUAUGGAAUGUCAAAACAGGAUAAUAAAAAGCCAAAUUAGAUGGUCAUACUAGUGAUGUCUAUUCAGUCAGUUUCUCACCUGAUGGAAAUACAUUAGCUUCUGGUGGUAGUGACAAAUCUAUCCGUCUAUGGGAUGUUAAAACUGGAUAAUACAAACCCAAACAAAAUGGCCAUACUAGUGUUAUCUCAUCAGUUUGUUUUUCUCCUGAUGGGAAUACAUAAGCUUCUGGUAGUUAUGAUAAAUCUAUCUGUCUAUGGGAUGUCAGAACAGGAUAAUAAAAAGCUAGGUUUGAUGGUCAUACUAGAACUGUCUACUCAAUCUGUUUUUCACCUGAUGGAACUACAUUAGCUUCUGGUAGUGAUGAUCACUCUAUCCGCCUAUGGGAUAUCAAAAUUGGAUAAUAAACAGCCAUAUUGGAUGGUCAUACUAGCACUGUCUACUCAGUCUGUUACUCUAUUGAUGGAAAUAUAUUAGCUUCUGCUAGUAAAGACAAAUCUAUCCUUCUAUGGGAUGUAAAAACAGGAUAAUAAAACCUGAAAUUGUAUGGUCAUACUAGCACUGUCUACUCAGUCUGUUUUUCACCUGAUGGAACAACAUUAGCUUCUGGUAGUUAUGAUAACUCUAUCCGUCUAUGGGAUGUCAAAACAGGAUAAUAAAAAGCCAAAUUAGAUGGUCAUAGUAGUUGUAUUAACUCAGUCUGUUUCUCUCCUGAUGGAAAUACAUUAGCUUCUGGUAGUGAUGAUAAGUCUAUCCGUCUAUGGGAUGUCAAAACAGGAUAAUAAAAAGCCAAAUUAGAUGGUCAUACUAGUGAUGUCUAUUCAGUCAGUUUCUCACCUGAUGGAAAUACAUUAGCUUCUGGUGGUAGUGACAAAUCUAUCCGUCUAUGGGAUGUUAAAACUGGAUAAUACAAACCCAAACAAAAUGGCCAUACUAGUGUUAUCUCAUCAGUUUGUUUUUCUCCUGAUGGGAAUACAUAAGCUUCUGGUAGUUAUGAUAAAUCUAUCUGUCUAUGGGAUGUCAGAACAGGAUAAUAAAAAGCUAGGUUUGAUGGUCAUACUAGAACUGUCUACUCAAUCUGUUUUUCACCUGAUGGAACUACAUUAGCUUCUGGUAGUGAUGAUCACUCUAUCCGCCUAUGGGAUAUCAAAAUUGGAUAAUAAACAGCCAUAUUGGAUGGUCAUACUAGCACUGUCUACUCAGUCUGUUACUCUAUUGAUGGAAAUAUAUUAGCUUCUGCUAGUAAAGACAAAUCUAUCCUUCUAUGGGAUGUAAAAACAGGAUAAUAAAACCUGAAAUUGUAUGGUCAUACUAGCACUGUCUACUCAGUCUGUUUUUCACCUGAUGGAACAACAUUAGCUUCUGGUAGUUAUGAUAACUCUAUCUGUCUAUGGGAUGUCAAAACAGGAUAAUAAAACCUGAAAUUGUAUGGUCAUACUAGCACUGUCAACUCAGUCUGUUUUUCACCUGACGGAAAUACUUUAGCUUCUGGUAGUAAUGAUAAGUCUAUCCGUCUAUGGGAUGUAAAAAAAGGUUAAUAAAAGGCCAAAUUAGAUGGUAAUACUAGUUAUGUCUAUUCAGUCAGCUUCUCAUCUGAUGGAAAUAAAUUAGCUUCUGGUAGUUAUGAUAAGUCUAUCUGUAUAUGGGAUGUCAAAACAGGAUAAUAAAAAGCCAAAUUAGAUGGUCAUAGUAAUUGUAUUAAUUCAGUCUGUUUCUCUCCUGAUGGAAAUACAUUAGCUUCUGGUAGUAGUGAUUACUCUAUCCGUCUAUGGGAUGUAAAAGAAAUUUAUUCAUCUGAUAAAAAUUACAAAGAUAAUUUACCUCUCGAAUUUGCCAACAGUCCAUUUUAAUUAUAUAGUAUUAAUACCCAAUUUUUUUAGUUAAUCCUAUUGUUGCAACACUCAUCAUUAGCCAAUACAUAUCUUUUGAAGCCUAAUCAACUAUAAUUUUUAAAGGAGAAUUCAUAAAUCACCAAGGCAAAGACUUAUGUUAUUUAUUAAAGAAUAGAGGAGCUUGUUUUUUAGAAAGCUCUUUAAACAUUUCAUAGAAUUCAAUUAAUAUUUGA